GUUUCCCCCACUAAUUUGUACUCAACAAAGCUAUUCCUCUCCUUUCCCCUUCUUUUCUUCCCCUAUUUCGUCCAUAUCAUACCCGCCGGCGGCGAGAUCCCUCAUCGCAGGGGGAAUGAAUAUUCCGGCGGAAACAUUUCCUCUUACCUCCACACGCAAUGCUCGUAUCUCCGAUCAUCCCCGCCACGUCUUCCACGAAAAAGCCCUCUACUAAAAUACCAUCCCUCCCCCUCUCUCCCACCGCCCAAGUUCUUCGAUUCCUCCUCGCUGAUUGCAGGGAAGGUACCAGAUUUCCCCUUGUCAAACAAUUUUCCGUCCGGCGACUCCAUUUUUUUGAAACUUGGAUUCCGAUUGUCCUGUUUGACGGUUCCUUUUUGAGUUAGUAGUAGUACCUGGUUUUAGAGGAGAGAAAUGUGCGUCGAUUUUCCGGCGUUAACUUUUUUUUGUUGGUGAAAUGUACUAGACCCGAGAUUCAGGAUCUGACCGAGUCAUUGAUUGGUCCCCUUUGGACUCAGUGAGUCAAUAGAUUGCUCAAGAAGACGAGUGUACGACGCGUUUAGAAACCAUAGCAUUCAUUCAAUCAGUCAGUCGGUUAGUCAAAAUCCUUUGAUCCUUUCAUCUCUCUGACAUGCCUCCUAUGAAGAUCCAGCCAAUCGAUGUCGAUUCUCAGAUGCAGCCGGCGACUCCGGCCAUAGCUGAGCCGGCGAAGCCGGUGCUGAAAUCGCGGUUCAAGAGACUCUUUGACCGCCAGUUGCCGAGCGUGUUGAGGAUUUCAUCGGCUGAUAAGCCGCCCAACAUCGGCGGCGAUGCGCAGUAUGUUACCAAAGAUGCCGGAAUCGGAGCUGGAGGGACCGAGUUCGAGCCGAGCUCUGUGUGUUUGGACAAAAUGGUGCAGAGUUACAUGGAAGAGACGAACGAGAAGACUCUCCGCGCUCGCAAUCGCUGCAAUUGCUUCAACGGCAACAUCAGUGACAGCUCCGACGAUGAAUUCGAUGUGUUCGAUGGCGGCUUUGGUGAGUCGAUCAUUAGCAGUGGACCGAACUAUGACGCCUCCGAUGUUCUCAAGAGUCUAAUUCCGUGCGCGAGCAGAGCCGAGAGAAAUCUCCUCGCCGACGCGGCGGCGAUCGUCAAGAAGAAAUCCUCUUCUUACAAGCACAAAGACGAGUUGAGAAAGAUCGUCGCCGACGAACUAUCGGCCCUCGGCUAUAAUUGCUCCAUCUGCAAAUCGAAAUGGGAGAAAGCCUCUUCCUAUCCCGCCGGUGAAUACGAGUACCUAGAUGUGAUUGCCGACGGCGAGAGACUGUUGAUUGACGUGGAUUUCAGAUCGGAGUUCGAGAUCGCUCGAUCGACCAGUGCUUACAAAGCAGUCCUUCAAUACCUGCCGCACGUUUUCGUCGGGAAACCAGACCGGCUGGGCCAGAUCGUGUCGAUCGUGGCGGAGGCGGCGAGGCAGAGCUUGAAGAAGAAAGGGAUGCACUUCCCUCCGUGGAGGAGAGCCGAGUACAUCCGCGCCAAGUGGCUCUCUCCGUUCACCAGGCUGACCGACAAAGCUCCGGAAGACUCCAAAGCUGAAGAAGAGCUUCUGAACGGAGGCAAACCACCGUCGGAGGAGGAGAAGGGAACGGAUGAGAGAGAAGAGUGCUGCGGAGAGCUGGAGUUGAUUUUUGGAGAGAAAGCCACAGAGUCGGACACCUCCUCGUCGCCGGCGAAAAGUCCCGGCGAGGAGGAGGUGAAGGCGGCGGUGACGUGGCAACCGCCGGCAGUGAAGCCGAAGAGUGUUGUAAAGAGGAAAACAAAGAUGGUGACCGGAUUAGCCUCUCUUCUGAAAGAGAAACCGUAAAAAAAAAGUUUUGGACUCUAUUUUUUUCAUAUUUCCUUUUUUGGCGGAGGGCAAAAAAAAAACGUACAAAAUUGAAAAAUAUAUGAAAAUAUAAAUUGAAAUGUGAAAUAGGUGGAUAAUGGUAGCAAUUAGUUGAUUUAGUAGCCUGCUGCGGUGCUGCCCCUUUUCUCACCCACUUUUUCUUUUUAACCUGCUGUUGCUGUAAAAGCAGAGGUAGGGACUAGGGGGCAAUCCAAUCAACCCUGUAAUAACUUGGUAAAAACGAGCAGUAAAUAUUUUGGAAGUCAAAAAUCCUCUUCGUUUUUUUUCUUUUUGGUGUUGCAUUAACUGGAGAGGCCAGUGAGUUGUGACUAAUGACUAAUGACUAAUGAGUUUAAAGAAUGAACGGUGCCUCAAUGGAAUCGGAUACUUUCCUCGCUGAACCUAUGUUGUUAGUAUUAUGUUAAUAUAGUUUGUGUUGUACUUGUAUUGCUACAUUUGUAAAAAAUAAUUACCACACUGUAAUUACGCCGACGAUUCCAACUCAUAAUUAGUAUGGUGUCAGAUGGUUGUCAUGCCGGUGGCAUGCCACCCGGUUGAACCUGGUUCAAUCCGUGCCGGUCAUGAAACCGGCAUGACACCACUGGUAUGACCGGUAUGAUCGAUUUACGUAUUCUAAUUUCUAAGUAAAAUCACAUAAUUUUAAUGAAUUUAAUGAAUACAA